UUUCCAUCGUGAAGGUGCAAGCAUUUCUCUCGUCUCGUUAUACUUUAAUAUCAUAAUAAAACACAGUUAUAAACUUACAUAUCAUUAAAUAGUCCGAUUUUCUGUUAGUCUGUAAUUAUAUAUCUCGAUUAUAUUUGUCUGUUUGUUUGCGUGAGAAGAACAAAUUUUUAAAUAUGACUGCCGAUAAAUCGGGUAUUUUAUACUUAUUUGACCGCCCUGCUGAGCCAGUCUACGUGCCUAAAGGUGAAAAGAAAGUCGCCUUUGACAUACCAGCUGAUUACUUGCCAGACAGGUACCGCCCCGUGGCAACACAAGUGUUCAACCGCUUUGGCGAUGAGGCCGACUCGAAGAUUCAAGUGAAACAGAUUUCGCUUCCAGAUCUUACCGUUCCUAUGCAGUUGGGACGACAUGACUCCUUUUCACUAUUUAUUCCUGCACAUCGAAAACUAGCGGGUCGGCUCAUCGAUAUCUUCUUGGGCAUGAGGACUUACGAGGACUUCUUGUCUGUAGCAGUUUACUGUCGCGAUCGCGUAAACCCUAGCAUGUUCAUUUAUGCUCUUUCGGUGGCGAUAUUGCAUCGCCCUGACACGAAGGAUCUGCCAGUACCACCAUUGACUGAAAUAUUUCCAGACAAAUAUCUUGAUGGUGCUAUUUUCAGUAGAGCUAAGGAGGAAGCUAACAUUGUAAACCCAGGAUCAAGAAUUCCAAUUGAAAUUCCUCGAGAUUACACUGCCACUGACCUCGACGAAGAACAUCGUGUUGCAUAUUGGAGAGAAGACAUUGGUAUCAACCUGCACCAUUGGCACUGGCAUUUGGUUUAUCCAUUUGAGGGGAACCUUAGUGUGGUUGACAAGGAUCGCCGCGGAGAGCUCUUUUACUAUAUGCAUGAACAAAUCAUGGCACGGUAUAACUGCGAACGUUUGUGUAACCGACUUAGUCGUGUGAAACGGUUUAUUAACUGGCGUGAACCGAUACCCGAAGCUUAUUUCCCAAAACUGGAUUCUUUUGUUGCUGGUCGCACGUGGCCAGCUCGUCCAGGCGGUGCCGUGCUUAAAGAUAUCAAUCGACCGGUCGAUCAAUUGGAUUUCGAUCUUCAGGAUUUGGAGAGAUGGCGUGAUCGCAUAUACGAAGCUAUUCAUACUGGAUCCGUAAUUAACAUGGCAGGUGAACGUGUACCUUUGACAGAAAAGGAUGGCAUCAAUAUAUUAGGAAAUAUCAUGGAAGCCAGUAUUUUGUCCCCGAAUAAAAAUGUCUACGGUGAUCUUCAUAAUUUAGGACACGUCGCUAUUUCUUAUUGCCACGAUCCGGAUCAUCGUUACCUGGAAAGAUUCGGCGUUAUGGGCGAUUCUGCUACUGCUAUGAGGGAUCCAAUAUUUUACAGAUGGCAUGCUUUCGUUGAUGAUGUUUUCCAAGAACAUAAAAAUACUCUGGUAGAGUAUUCUGAACAACAGUUGGAUUAUCCAGGCAUUGAAAUCGAAGAUAUUGGAUUGACGACCAAUCAGCAACGGAACAUUUUGAAUACUUUUUGGACUCAGAGCGUCGUAGAUUUGUCUCGUGGACUUGAUUUUACUCCUCGAGGACCGGUACUCGCUAAAUUCACCCACCUGAAUCACUCCGAUUUUACAUAUAAAAUUGUAGUCAACAAUCGCAACAACAAAACACAAAGGGGAACAGUGCGCAUUUUCAUGGCUCCUAAGGAAGACGAACGUGGACUACCUUUCACUUUCACACAGCAAAAGAAUUUAAUGAUUGAAAUGGACAAAUUUUCUGUAUCAAUGCGGCCGGGACAAAAUACAAUUGAGCGGAAAUCAACAGACUCUUCGGUAACUAUACCCUUCGAAAGGACGUUCCGAAAUUUGGACCAGAAUGUACUGAUCAGUCCCGAAACUACAGCAACUUUCAAUUUCUGUGGAUGUGGGUGGCCACAACACAUGUUGGUACCCAAAGGAAGCAAAGGAGGUUUUCCCAUGGAGCUUUUUGUUAUGAUAUCAGAUUACAGAGGCGACGCUGUUGAACAGGAAGAGCCAACUGGUUGUACCGCUGCAGAUAGCUAUUGUGGUGUGAGAGACAGGAAGUAUCCGGAUGCGCGUGCAAUGGGAUAUCCAUUUGAUCGCCGACCACGAUCAGGUGUAGAAACUCUGGCUCAAUUCCUUACGGGAAAUAUGGCAAUUACGGAAGUAAAUAUUAGGUUUACGGAUAACGUUGUGGCCAAUUCUCGAUCUGGAAUGGGAAAUACAUUGACCUUUGCUGAAUAAUCUGGUUCUGGUAAUUGUGUAUGCAGGAUCAGGACCUCUGGUCCUUUAACAUGUUAUACAAUAAUAAUAAUAUAAUCUAGUCUUUCGAAAUUUCAUAUAAUCCAAUAAAGCAUGAGAAAACCAAAAAAAUGAAUGAUAUUUGA